AUGGACUUAACUGCAAUUGCUUUCCUAACAUGCGCGAGCGCUGUUUUACUGAAGUUUAAUGAUCCAUUAAUUGCUCAAGAGGGUUUGGGAUGGCCCCAUAGCCUUCAAGUAGCUGAAGGGCAUGAAGCUUUGAUGAAAUUGGGUGUGACGUUAGAGAAUCAGGAGUCGUGUGUAAUAACAACCCCAGGUGGUGUUACUUUUGAUAUUGACUCGCCGCCAAGCAACAGAUUUUCGCGAUGGGACGAAACUUGUAGUGUAAAAGUUAAAGAAGUCCGAGAAGGUGAUACAGGAAGAUGGCGGCUGACUGCAACUGGUGACAAUACCACCGUCAGGGGGUGGACGGAAGUUCAUGUAAUAGAAGAACUACCCUCGACAAUAGCUCCACCAAUAAUCCUACGGGAUGGCAAAAGUGAAGUGAAAAUAGAUCUAUCAACUGAAGACAAUUCAUACUGUUUAGUCGCAAAACCGUUUUCUGACAGUGCUCUAGUACCGGGACCUAUUUGUUCAGUAACCCUAGAUAGAACCACGAGAGCUGUACAGGGUACGUGGGAUGUCCUAUUGGGAGUCCCGGGUAGAAUGGAGGAGGUACCAAUGAGGAGAGAGGUUGUUGUUGAAGCGGAACGCCUGGAUGUUGGUUAUAUCCAUGACAAUAAUAAGCUGCACUUAUAUUGUAAUAUUUUGCACACGGAGAAAAAUAUCACCUUCUGUCGAUUUCAAAGAACAUCUAAAUUAUUUGGAUAUAAUGUGGUUGAUGGAUUAAGCGAUGGUAAACACAGUUAUUAUGGGAAAGGCUUCCUAAGAAGAGAGUGCGGUAUCACGAUCCAGAAUCCAAUAGCGGAUGACUACGGGUCGUGGCGAUGUACCCUUGGUGUCAAUAUGUGGGAGGACAAAGUGAUUAAAGAACAACCACCUAUGCAGGCCUUGAUCAGCGUGGCUCCUAAAUUUAGAGGGUCUUCCCGCCAACAACGCGAUAUCGAAGAUACGACGAUAUUCGUUCAAGAAGAUGGCGCAUUACUUGUAUCUUGUCACGCAGAUUUUUCACUUAAAUACUGCUGGUUCCAACAUCCAAAUGGGUCUCAGUUUACACCUGUACGACUUGUCAAUGAAGAUCAACCUUUUUGGUACACGGGCGAAGGUUUAGCCGUUGGGCAAUGUGGAAUUACGUUUAAACAUGUAACAAAACAGGAUUCUGGUAUUUGGCGUUGUCAUAUGGGCCCUAAGCGUCAAGCUGGUAUAGAAACCACAAAUAAUAUUGAAGUGAGAGUCACAGGUCCUUUAGCUGCUAAUAAGAGGGAAAUUCAGGCUAGGAUCGGGGAGUCAAUCACUUUGUACUGUCAUACAGCUAAUGGAAAUCGGCCGUUGUAUUAUUGCCGAUUCCUCUCGCCUUCGUAUGUCGGACUUAACAUAGAUUCAUCGGUGACUAAGGCAGACGCCAUCUUGGAUCGCUUCUAUUUCACGCCUGGACGUAACAUUACAGUGGGUGAUUGUUCUCUUACGAUAAGUUCUGUACAUGAAGAUGACAUUGGUAACUGGACCUGCGCGGCUAUUGUCAACGAUGACGUCAUGGAAUCCAGUGAUGUGAUACGAGUUUUCAGCGUAACAGAAUCUCGUUACCAAGCUGGCAUAAUUGGCGGAAGUAUUGGGGCGGCAGUACUUGUUCUAGUUCUCAUGGGCUACGUGUUUUAUAAACGGGGAUCGACAAUUUUAUCCCUGUUCAAAAGGCAGGACCCAUCUCCAGAUGGUUUCUCUCAAAGAAUGUCGGAAAUCACUGGUGUCACAUCAAGAUCCAGUCAGAGCAGUAAUGAAUCGGAGAGAGAUUUGGGAACAAGACAAAACUGAAUUAAAUAAGGGCAAGACUCUUGCCUGCUUGCUGCUAAUUCAUUGAGAGAUUAAUUUUAUUCAUAAUAAAAUUGGAUAAAAUUUAUCAAUUUUAUUUACAUAUCAUUAAUUAUAAAACUAAUUUUAAUCA